CUCAAAGAUGGCGUCAGCUCUGGAGCCACUGCUCUCUGGCUGCAUUUUUCGGGCUUGUUGUUGUCUGUGUUUCGAGCGCUUUCUGGCACCUUCUCCUCGGCCGCUCGAGCUGAAAUUCCGGUUGCAGGAGCUGUUGAAAAUUACUCAGUAGGAAGAUGGUCAGCCUGUGUUGCUUCCUGGAGUGAGGGAUCUGUUCUGGACCGCAUUUUUCAACAGUGCUAAGAGGAUCCACAAGGAGGGAACAGACUGCUGCACAAUAUUUUCACUUUUGUAUUUCCCAAAAGGAAGAAACAGAACAUUUCCAAAAGUGCCGCCAUUAUUCCAAGCAAAGAUGCUCCAUCUAAACGGAUAACACUAAUGUUCGGAAUUGAGGAUUCUACCUGAUUGACUGUUUUCGGUGGACAAGACCGUAUCUAAGACUAUUGCAAGUGUGUUUUCUUUUGGAGUGCUUGGUGUGUCUGCCUGUUGCAUACCUCACCUCUUUGCUUUGGUGUGGCAAUCCUUUUGGAGGAAGGGUCACUGGGUUGGUGGAUCUGUUCCGGGUUGGUGGGGGGGAUUUAGGGAGCCUAUGCUAUGGUGAUCAGCUCCCUCUCUAACAGCCCCUGCUCAGGCACAGAGAGACUUACUACACCUCCCCGGGACAAAGGAUAGUCUCCUGAAAUAAGAGAGAGGAGGAGGAGGACAACGAGGCAGCGCCAGGGCUGAGGCCGCUGGGUGCUCCCUAACGGUUGUGAGAGUGUGUUAGGCCUCGGCCUAGCAGUAUUAAAGUAACCAUGGUGAAGCUGGCUAACCCGCUGUACACUACCUGGAUCUUGGAAGCCAUCAAGAAGGUAAAAAAGCAAAAGCAGCGGCCGUCCGAAGAACGUAUUUGCAAUGCGGUGUCAAUGUCCCAUGGGCUUGACCGCAAGACGGUCUUGGAGCACCUUGAGCUCAGUGUUAAAGAUGGUUCCAUACUCAAGGUGUCCAACAAGGGGCUCAACUCCUACAAGGACCCUGAUAACCCUGGACGUUUAUCAUUCCCAAAACCCAGGGCGGGUGGAGGAGGAGGAGGAGGAGGAGGAGGUGGUGGUGGCGGCGGUGGCGGCGGCGGUGGUGGUGGUGGUGGUGGUUCCAGCACCUCCAGCUCCAGCAAAAAGCCUGGUCUGGACUGGAACAAACUCAUCAAGCGUUCUCUGGAGGGGCUUCAUGAACCUGGAGGAUCAUCCCUAAAGAGCAUCGAACGCUUUCUGAAAUGCCAGGCAGAUGUUGCAGGUUAUCUGUCUGGCAGUGGCUCGAUGGGGCCAGGCAUUUUCCACCAGCAACUCCGGCUGGCUCUGAAGCGGGCCUGCUCUCAUGGACGGGUGGUUAAACAGGGACCUCUUUUUCGAUUGGUAAGCAGGAGUUCUCACGAUGGGACCGGCUGCGUGUCUCUUGAUUCUCUGCCUCCUGUGCGACUGCUGCCCCACGAACAAGACCGGCCUGUGGCAGAGCCUAUACCCAUCUGUAGUUUCUGUUUGGGGACCAAGGAACAGAAUCGUGACAAGAAGCCAGAAGAGCUCAUCUCAUGUGCAGACUGUGGGAACAGCGGGCAUCCAUCGUGUCUGAAGUUCUCUCCAGAGCUCACAGUGCGGGUCAAAGCUCUGUGGUGGCAGUGUAUCGAGUGCAAGACCUGCAGCAGCUGUCAGGACCAAGGAAAAAAUGCAGACAACAUGUUGUUUUGCGACUCCUGUGACCGAGGCUUCCAUAUGGAGUGCUGUGACCCUCCACUAACGCGAAUGCCGAAAGGCAUGUGGAUCUGUCAGAUCUGUCGGCCAAGAGAAAAGGGAAGAAAACUCUUACAUGACAAAGCAGCACAAAUCAAACGGCGAUACAAUGCACCACUGGGGCGACCGAAGGGAAGACCGGGCCGUCCCUUUAAGAAGAUUCGCGGUGGUGGGCGUGGCCGGAGAAGGCGGGGCGCUGGAGGUGUGGACCAGUGCUCACAAGGCUCCUCCUCCCCACACUCUUCCUCAAGCUCCUCCUGCGAAGGUUACCCCGGCGACGAUCGCAUGCUGUUUUCUCUGAGAGAAGAUGACUCUGCACAUGGUAGCCUGCGUUUUAACAAGAAAACAAAGGGUCUGAUCGACGCCCUCAGCAAGUUCUUCACGCCAUCCCCAGAUGGGCGGAAAGCCCGUGCCGAAGUGGUGGACUAUUCCCAGCAAUAUCGCAUGCGCAAGAAGGGCAACCGGAAAGGCGAGCACGAUGACAGGACAGGAGACAAUCAGGAGUGCGGAGACAGCUGGCGGGAGGAUGAAGACAAGCUGCCAGGACACGAGAAUCUAACUGAGAACGACGUGGAGCUCUUCAGGCACAUUCAGGAACUCGCACUACAGAAAGUUGGGGUGACUGGUCCACCCGAUCCCCAGAUGCGCUGCCCAUCAGUUAUAGAGUUUGGAAAGUAUGAAAUUCAGACGUGGUACUCUUCUCCAUACCCACAGGAGUACAGCAGGCUCCCUAAGCUCUACCUCUGCGAGUUCUGUCUGCGCUACAUGAAGAGCCGCAGCAUUCUCUACCAGCACAUGCGAAAGUGCAACUGGUUCCACCCGCCUGCCAACGAGAUCUACAGGAAGGACGACGUGUCCGUGUUUGAGGUGGAUGGAAAUGUCAGCACAAUAUACUGUCAGAAUCUCUGUCUGCUUGCCAAGCUCUUCCUGGACCAUAAGACGCUAUACUAUGAUGUGGAGCCCUUCCUUUUCUACGUACUCACACAGAACGACAAUAAAGGCUGCCAUCUCGUGGGUUACUUCUCAAAGGAGAAGCAUUGUCAACAGAAGUAUAACGUGUCCUGUAUCAUGAUUCUUCCACAAUAUCAGCGCAAGGGCUAUGGGCGAUUCCUCAUUGACUUCAGUUACCUUCUUUCCAAAAGGGAAGGCCAGCCGGGCUCACCAGAGAAGCCACUGUCGGACCUUGGCCGGCUAUCCUACAUGGCAUAUUGGCGUAGUGUGGUGCUGGAAUGCCUACAUGAGAUCAGAGAUCGACAGCUCUCCAUCCGCAAACUCAGCAAAGUCACAGGCAUCUGUCCUCAAGAUAUUACAGCCACCCUGUUAAAUCUAAACAUGUUGGAACAGAAAGGGGACGGGGUAAUUAUUAUGCGCAGAGAAAAGCUGGUAGCCAAUCACAUGGCUCGACUGAAAGCCAAACCCCGGCUCCUUGAAGUUGACCCAGAUUGUUUGCGCUGGACACCUGUUAUUGUCACCAACACAGUAGUAUCUGAAGGAGAAGGGGAUGAGGAUGAAGAAGAGGAAGGAGAGGAGGAACGUAAAGAGAUCAAACCCAGCCACAAGAGCUCUCCGCUUUCUUGGCAUAUGAAAGGAGAACGGGAAAAUGAGGAAGAAAAACAGAGCUUUCCAGCAUUCCCAAAAAACCAAAGCUCUCCACCAUCCUCUUCUGUUUGCAACAAUGUUCUCAGUCCUGAACGCCACUCCAAUUUUCUUGCAGCUAACGGAGAGCGCAGGGGACCAGGGCGCCCUCCCAAAAACUGGUUGUGGGGAAAGGUAAAGGACGCACCUCGUACAGUUCCAGGUCGGCCACGCAAACUAAAGGCCACAGGAGAUGAAGAUGAUGAUGAUGACGACGAUGAUGAUGAGGAGGAGGAGGAUGAUGAAGAGGAGGAGGAGGAAGAGGAAGAAGAGGAGGAUGAAAGGACUGGCAUCAAUAAAGUGACUGCAUCACCAUCUUUACACUCAGCCUUAGAAAAUGAGCCGGACUCCACAUCAGCCUGUCCCAUGGAACCCUCUAGGCACCCUACAGUUCCACCCCAACGCAACAGAGGCCGGCCUCCACGAAAAAAGCGUGGCCCAAAACGCAGGCUCAGUGAGGAACCUGGAGAUGAUCUGCCAUUGUUGCCCAACAACACAAAGCUGAGUGAACCCUUGCCAGUCUCUCCAGCCUAUAUGAGUGAGAGCAGUGAAGAUGAGGAGGAAGAUGAGGAGGAAGAGUUAAGGCCUCGUUCACCACCUAUCCUCACAAAACCCACAUUAGGACUAAAAAGCAAGUCUCAGAAGUCCUUGCGGAAGCGGCGUGUGCGUCAGCGCAGCCAUCCCCACAGCAGUGUAGUUACAGAGACCAUCUCAGAGACAACUGAAGUUUUGGAUGAGCCAUUUGUGGAUUCAGAUUCUGAAAGACCCAUGCCCAGACUAGAAGAGGAAACUCCUUUUGGCACCCCUUUACGAUGCUAUACAGCAGCCCGAAAACACAUGGGACCUGCCCUUAAAAGCAUCAGCAGAAGCACUCUGUCUGAAUCAGAGGAAGAUGAUCCCACUCCUGUGCUGAAACCAAUUGCUGUCCUGAGAAGACCUGAAACUUCCGAUGCCACACAAAGAACAGAGGCAACAUCCGAGAUGCCUGAGGUUCCAGUAAAGAAGAAGAAAGGUUGGCCUAAGGGCAAAAGUCGCAAGCCACUCCACUGGAAGAAGCGGCCAGGCAGGAAGCCUGGUAGUGGAGUCAGUCAGACAGAUGACACCGAUCUAGCAGUUCCGUCUUCUGAGGACCCUCCUCCCUCAAAAAUCAAAAUGAAGCCUGGCAGGAAACCUCGUAGCUAUUACCUGCAGCGGGCCCAAGAGGAAGAGGUUCAACAGGAGUUUGAACCAAGCCAGUUGACUUCGCAACAACAACAACAACAACAGCCACAGACAGAUAAUUUAGCACAGGAGGAAAAGGCCUGUAAAAGGACAGCUAGAGCCUUAAUAUCUGAAAUCAGCCCUGAGAAGCAGAAAGACUCAGAAGAGGAUGAUGAUUUUCUUCAGAGUUUUAGAGAGUCAUCCAGGCCCAAAAAGCGAGGUCGGCCACCAAAAAAUGCCAACCUCCCUUCCACUGUUCCCAAACCUCCCCCUUUGUCUGAGCCAGAAGAGGAAGAUGAGGAGGAAGACCGAUGGACGGAGGAAAAGCUCAGUCGUCCACCUUCUCGAACCAUGUCACAGUCUUCCAGCUCCAGAGUCCCUCAACCAAGAGCUAACGCAAACAUGGCAGAUGCAGAGGAAGAUGAGGAGCAAGAUGAUGAAGAUUGUAAUAACAGGGUCAGUCGGAAAACAGCAACAACACCAGGCUCUGGGAGUCGACGUAGUGAUGACCAUGAUGCUGAUGAUGAAGGGGAUGGUCGUCUUGAAGAAAAAAGUGACAGCAGCAAUAGCAGUAAAAGGCGAAAAGGCCAAGACUCUGAGGAUGAUGUGGAGGAGCAGGAGGAUGAGGAAGAGGAACCACAAUCACCUGCUCAAACUCCACCUGUAAAAGAAGAACCCCAGAGCAGUGAGGGUUUUUUAGACAUACAGACUAACGUGGCUCGAGACUAUGUCAGCAAACAAGAAGAGGGUGACGACGAUGAAGAUGAGGCAGAGGAAGUGCAGGAGGUGAAGAAUAACUCUGCUGAUACCGAUGAACGCAGGCGCCGAGAGCAAGAGGAAUCUGCAGCGGCUGCAGCAGCUGUAGAGACAGUAACUGCCAUUGCAGACCCUUCCGAACCAAUGGACAUGCAGCCUUUACACGUUGAGGACAAAACUGUUCUCAUGAUGGGGGCUGAGCACUCACACCAGCAUCCUGACUUCAAAGAUGACCUGAGCCACCAGCAACAUACACAUCACCACAGUAGUGAGCUGGAUCUGGAAACUGUGCAAGCUGUCCAGUCACUCACGCAAGGUGAGGCCCAGGAGGAGGAUGCAGAGUCCCAUGAAGCCUACCAGGACUGUGAGGAGACUCUGGCUGCCUGUCGAACCCUCCAAAGUUACAGUCAUACAGGUGAAGGUGAGGAAGAAACUCUAGCCUUAGUGGAAGAGUGUGGAGCCUCGCAGCAUAGUCCCAUGCCCAACCCAACAAUGCCCACAUUACCGAACCAGUCUGUCCGUUCAGUCAACAGCCCUGGAAUGACUCCAGGUCCUAUGGAGCCUGGGCCAGGGGUGUCGGGUCCCACAGGAACUGGAGGGGGAACAGGAGGAGGCUAUACCCAAAUAACCCCAGAGCAUCCCAGCUCUCUAUCAGCUCCUUCUUUGCAAAACAUGGAGACCUCCCCUAUGAUGGACGUACCUUCAGUUUCUGAUCAUUCACAGCAAGUUGUAGACAGCGGCUUUAGCGACCUAGGCAGCAUUGAGAGCACCACCGAAAACUAUGACAAUCCGAGCAGCUAUGACUCAACUAUGGGUGGUGGAGGUAAUGGAGGAGGGAAUGGAAGCAAUGGAGGUGGUAUGUCAGCUGCCACUGCAGCAGCGGUGGCUGCUUCCUCUACAUCUUCUUCAUCAUCUUCUAGUUCAGCCACACCAUCAUCGUCAUCUUCACAAGGCAACAGCUGCUCCUUUGUCUCAACUCCUGGGUUGACGUCCUCCAGCACAGGCGUUGGCUCUCAAAUCUCCAUGGGAAGUUGCAGCCUUAUCCAGCAAACAGGUCCUGGCCCAACCAAUGGACCGGGUUCUAACAGUACUAGUGGUGUCCCGCAACCUCCACCCCCACCUCCUCCUACUUCUGCCAGCACUCCAACUUGUGGUAUAAAGUCUCCACAAGGCUGCGUCAUAGAAAGGCCACCAAGUGCCAACCAGCAGCAACAAAAAAAGGUCUCACAACCCCCUCAACAACAACAAAACCCUCAACCACAGCCUCCCCCCUCUGCUCCCCCACCCCCUCCACCUCAACAGCAAGCCCUCUCACAGUGCAGCAUGGGAAACGGCUUUGCUUCAAUGCCCAUGAUUAUGGAGAUUCCUGAAAGUGCAGGCAGCGGUGGAGGAGGCCGGAGUUUGUAUGAUCGAAUGGGCCAGGACUUUGGUGCUGGUGGUUACAGUUUAGCCAAACUCCAGCAGCUAACAAACACUAUCAUGGACCCCCAUGGCAUGUCUUAUUCGCAUUCAGCUGCAGUCACCUCAUAUGCGACAAGUGUUUCACUGUCUAACCCAGGGUUAGCGCAGCUUACGUCUUCUCCACACCCACCCUUGGGCCAGGCUCAGCCCACUAUGACUCCACCUCCCAAUUUGGGUUCUGGGUCCAUGAACCUUGGGUCUCCCUUAAUUCAGUGCAACAUGACGGGCGCUAACAUUGGACUACCUCCCACUCCCCAUCCGCAACGGUUGCAAGGCCAAAUGGCCACCGUCAAAGGCCACAUUUCAAUUCGGUCCAAAGCCUCUCAAAUACCUGCGGGCUCCCCUCACCAGCAGCAAUUGUACAGUCGCAGUUCUGGCGCUGUGACCAUGCAGGGCUCCCCACGGACUCUAGCUGUUCAGCGUGGCAUGAUGACCAACCUCAUGCCCACACCUGCCGCCUACAACUCUAUGAACAUGAAUCCACUCAAUGCUGCCAUGUCCGCUGGCUAUCGCAUGCCACAGCCAAUGAUGAACAGUGGGUACCACAGUAACCCACCCUAUAUGAACCAGCCAGCCCAAUACCCCAUGCAAAUGCAAAUGGGAAUGAUGGGAGGGCAGGCUUACCCUCAGCAGCCUAUGCAGCCCAAUCACCAUGGCAACAUGAUGUACACGGGCCCCUCGCACCACAGCUACGCUGGCGUCCCCAAACAGUCGCCUUACAUGAGCAGAUGAGCACCAGAGAAUGAGCAGAGAGCUGAGAGACGUACCCCACCGGACUCUGCAUCUCUGUACUUAAUCCAUUUGUAUCCACCCUCCAACGUCUGGGCAAAAAGGCAACAAGAUAAGUGAGCUUGGUGGAGGAAGAGGACAUAGAGACUGCGACAAAUUCUUUUCCUUUCUAAAUAUGUUGUCGUCAAAGCUCUGUUCCUUUUAGGUUCAUUUCCCCAAUGCUGACAGAGCUGGGGAGUCGAUGAUAGCCUGAUCAGGGAGAUGAUCUAGUGGACCUUUAUUAUGGCAAAUGUCAUGCUCCCACCCACAGACCCUGUCUGUCAUGGUUGUACCAACAAGGGUUGGUCCACCAAAAUGUCCUCCACUCCAUUCGUGAGACAGGAGCGAAGCAUCAAAGCAGUUACAGGGGAAGUGGACCUAACUUUUCAAACUGAGAGAGAAAUAAAUUUACGUCGUUAAUGAACAUACAUUGAAUCAUGCACACAAUCGUUCAAUUGACAUAGGAAGCCUUACCUAAAAAGAGAGAAAAUAAUUGUAGAUGAACUUUUUUUUCUUUUUUAUUAUAUUAUUAUUAUUAUUUUUCUUUAUUUUUAAUAUGUUCUCUGUUUUUCCAAUGACUGUUGAAAUGCUUGUUUCAGUCUGACCUUCUCAUGCUUAUGUGUGUGGCUGUUCUGGACAAAGUGAUUCACGCUCACUCAUUCAUACACUCAUUCACUCACACACAGCUCCAUAGCCACUUGAGAGCUCACCUGGAGGCACUUGUUGGGACACACAUAAACAGUGUCCAAUUUUUCUGUAAAUCUGUGUCUUCCCAGUAUGGAAUCAUGUAUAUCCAGUUGUAAGAGCUCAAACAGGCACCUCAUAAUAAACACCACGCAUCCAUAGACCCGACCCGACAAUAGUUAAUGUAAAUAUUCUGGUACUACCUGGUUCACAGCACAGCCUGGCAAAAUCCAACACUCCACUCCACAGAUGUCACCAGAGGGCGCAGCUAUCCUAUAUGGGAAGGUCUUUAAUUUCAUACUACACAGUGCAGCGUCCAAAUAAAGUGUGUGGGUAAAAAGGGUUUAACCAUGCAGGAGCAGACUUAGCAUCGCAACGAGAUGUCUCCUGAAGUAGUCCUUACUGUAGCACCAGUAAGAAGCGCUGCUCGUACUCCAGCUGAUCAUGCGCUUGUGAUGUUAGCUGUUAGCCACAAGAGGGAGCUGUACAAAUAUGUUGAUCCAUGUCUGCAAUGCACACAUGGACAAAUGAACACUCUCAUACCCAGGAUAAAGGUUAAAGUGCAUGACGUCCUGAGAUGGUUACUGUUUUAGGACAACGGGCAGAGAAUUUCUUAAUGUUCCAGUAUUCGUUGUCGAUAUGAGGAAUCUUUCUCGAAGACCUGACGUUUCAUAUAUUAUUUGUGCGCUUUUGUUUUUCUGAAUUUUAUCAGACUGGGCAGCUUUCUUUUAUGACACAAGCUGACUCUUUUUGACUUUAGAAGACUUAUUGUAGAGAAAAAUGUUUUUUCUAAAAUAUAAAAGAAGAAUUCUGACAUGGAUAUUGGUACUGUCAUUUUUUUCACUUCUGUUUCAGGAAAAAAAAAAACAAUGCAUAUUUUUUAGCUCGACUCUUGGGGUAAUAUUAUUAAGAAAUUCAAAACUAAAAAAAAUGACAACUCACUUUUAGUGAAUUUAAGAUGCCUUUAACCUUUCCAUUCCAUCUCAUCUCUAGAGUUUUCUAUCUUUGUGUAGUAUAUUAAUGCUAUUUUAAAAACAAAAGGAAAAAACAGAUAUCUAAAGGUCACUUAGCGUUAUUUUCUAUUUGUUUUUUUUUUUUGUUUGUUUUUUUUUUCUUGGUUAUUGUGUGUGUAUAGGACAACUUCCUUACAUCUAUGAGGCAUGUAAAAUGAGCUCAGUAUAUUUCUGUCUGUUUAUAUUGCUUACCUUUUCGUAUACUUUGUAAUUGUACAUGGUGAGUUGUAAGCUAAGAGAGAGCCUGGUAGCCCGGAGAAAGAAAGAGAGAGAGAGCCAAGCUGGGGCGCUCGGUGAUGGUCGGAAGCGUCCACCUUCCACUCCUCUCUGUUUUGUCCUUGUAUGUAUUUCCAUUUAUUUGUUUCUUUUCUUUUUCUUAGCAAGUACUUUCAAAGAACUCUGUACAUUUUAACAUGAAACAAAAAUAAAUUAUGUUGAGCCAU